AUGAAACUUUUGAAAUUCACGCUAGCUACCCAACAAGUUAUUUUAAAACAUACAGGUGAAAAGAUUAGAGAAGAAAUUCAAGGUAUUUUACGGACAUUUCAGAUUCCACAAAAAGAUAUUGUUCUUGUGACCGACUCUGGCAGUAAUAUGAAAAGAGCUGCUGAUUUAUUGAAUAUGAAAAAUCAUCUUUGCCUGGGCCAUGCUUUGCAUAAUCUGGUCACCGUAGAUGGUAUUCAGAAUACUGAUGCGGUUCUUUGCCUUAUUAAUAAAUGUAAGAAAAUAGUCAAGCACUUCAGGUAUAGAGCUCCACAACUAGAAGCCGGUGCCAGCAAAGAACAACGUGAUCUGCUCUCAUCCUUUGAAGAUAUUGGUGUAAAUAUAAAUCACUCGGAUAACGAAGCUUCAUCGAGUGAUUAUGAACUAGAUGAGGUUUCGACAAGAUCUGACCCCAGCGCCCCUCCAACUAUAAAGACGAGUACACCAACGAGAUGGCACAGCAUGCUUAUGAUGCUAACAAGCAUCAGCCACAAUGCAAAUCGCCAACCCAUUAGAGACAUGUUGAUUGAUAUAGGUCGUAGUGCUCUUUUACUAGAUGAGAAUGAGUACAAUUUAACUACUAGGUUGACAUCGUUCUUUGAUAAGUUUAAGAAGACAGUAGAAUGCUUAAGCAAUGAAUCACAAAACACUAUUAAUUUAGCAUUGGUUUUUAAAUCAGAAAUUAGAAGGUUGCUAGAAGAAUACAACGACGAUGAACCUGUCACAGUCACUAGACUAAAAAACAACAUGUUACAACGUUUGGACCAUCGCUUUCCUGUUACAGACACCAUUGUGGCGGCUACUUUAUUGGAUUGUAGGUUUCAAUCAAUUAAGGAAAUCGACAUUUAUAUGGAAAGUCAAGACACCAAGUAG